AUGAGCAAUCUCUGCCAUCAUGGAGCUGCAGGAUCGGACUAUGCUGUUCAUGCGCGUAGCCGUUGGCGAAACUCGAAUUUCGACCCGAACAGGCCAGCAAUUUCACCAAGCGACACAGCUAAGAACCUGUUGGGCUGUAUCCGCUCCGAUAUAGGCAAGUCCUUUACACCCGCUAAGCCGCAAACCAGUCCAACCAGAGCAGAAAAGGAGGCAUGCGAAUGUCGAUCGACAUGUCAAGCUGCAGGGCGCCCAAAAGAGGUCUGGGCUGUGCCGUACCGCUCCGUGGACCCUGGCGAGGCCGGCACUUUCCACGUUCCUUUUUCCUGCGUGGUGGUGCCCGGCCCAUGUGCAACAGUUGCUGGCUGCGCCGCAAACGCGCAGCUUGCGGGUCCGAGACGGAUCAUCUUGCUCCCAAGCCGUUAA